CGAGGGCUGGGGAGCCCGAGUCUGGCCCGAGUUGGCUGGAGCUGUUGCCAUGACAAGCAUUUUCUCAAGCCAGCUCUGCUGUUGAGCUCGUCCAAAGCUGGGGGCUGAAGGAGGGCGGCGAGAACUUCCAGGGGAACCGUCCCCCGGCGGAGAAGCGAGGGCCCAGACCCCCGCGCAGCGCCCCUGCACGCGUUUUCCUCCAGGAACCCGAGCGGUCCUCCUCCUCCUCCUCCUCCUCCUCCUCGCCGGCUGGUUUCGGGAGGGGCGCGACCCAGCCCACUCCGGGGCCUGAGCUGGGGACGCGGGAGCUCCCGGCCAGCACCCGGGGCGACCGGAGGGUGGGCACCGCGCCCUAGCUCCUGCCCAUGGAGAGCCGCAGGAGGGAGCGUCCCGCUUGGACAAGCCUGGAUCUUUGCUAGAGAGAGAGAGACCCAGUUGUCAUCGGUAUCCAGGCAGCCCUCCUCCUCCUCCUCCUCCUCCUCCUCCGCCUCGUCGUCCUCCCCCUGCCACCUCUCUACCACCACAGUUGCUGGUUGUUGUUGAGGGUGCCUCCACGGUAACAUGUCCAUCCUGUUUACACCUCCAUCUGGUCAAGUUGGUGUAAACUAGGAACCGACCUGCCCCCGGACAGUCAUUUCCAUCAAUACUUGGGGACAGCAAUCAUCGUGGCACGUCGUCCGGCUUCCACUUGUUUCCCCCAUUCUCUUCCUCCUCUGUUGCCAGUCUUCAUAAGGGGGGGAAAAAAGCAUCCAGCCUUGGGCUUACCUGGAAGCUUAUUGCACAAGACACAGUCAAUCCGUUUCCUGACGGGGCCCGCAGAGAAUCAGAAAUAGGAAGAAGCCAAGGCCAGGGCCAGAGGGGCAGGCGACCUUGAUCAGUGGAAGGAAACACCCCCCCACCACCACCCAACACCUCUUCUCUGAUAGAGGGAUUUGGGAAGAGCGGACAAGAUGACGAACGCGCCCGACCAUUCCUUGACGGCCAACUCGAGGAUGGAGGGCCGCGAGGGGGACUUCGGCUGCACCCUCGGGGAGCUGCGGAAGCUCAUGGAGCUGCGUUCCUUGGAUGCCCUCCAGCAGAUCAACACCAACUACGGAGGGGUCCUGAGCCUCUGCAACAAGCUGAAGACCAGCCCAGUGGAAGGACUGUCCGGGAACCCUGCGGACCUGGAGAAGCGGAAGCAAGUGUUUGGACAGAACUUGAUCCCCCCCAAGAAGCCCAAGACGUUCCUGGAGCUGGUGUGGGAGGCGCUGCAGGACGUGACGCUGAUCAUCCUGGAGAUCGCGGCCAUCAUCUCCCUCGUGCUGUCCUUCUACCAGUCCUCCACGGAAAUGAACGAGCAGUGUGGCCUGGCCGUGAGUGGCCCCGAGGACGAGGGCGAGGCCCACGCCGGCUGGAUUGAGGGGGCCGCCAUCCUCUUCUCCGUCAUCAUCGUGGUGCUCGUCACCGCCUUCAACGACUGGAGCAAGGAGAAGCAGUUCCGGGGCCUGCAGAACCGCAUCGAGAGGGAGCAGAAGUUCUCCGUCAUCCGCAAUGGCCACAUCAUCCAGCUCCCCGUGGCCGAGAUCGUGGUGGGCGACAUCGCCCAGAUCAAAUACGGCGACCUGUUGCCGGCUGACGGGGUUCUGAUCCAGGGGAACGAUCUCAAGAUCGAUGAGAGCUCCCUCACUGGGGAGUCGGACCACGUCAAGAAGUCUCUGGAACACGACCCCAUGCUGCUCUCAGGGACUCAUGUCAUGGAGGGGUCCGGCCGGAUGCUGGUGACGGCGGUGGGGGUCAACUCCCAGACUGGAAUCAUCUUCACCCUCCUGGGGGCCAGUGAGGGGGACGAGGUGGAGAAGAAGAAGAAAGGUAAAAAACAAGGCGUCCCUGAAAAUCGCAACAAAGCCAAGGCUCAGGACGGGGUGGCCCUGGAGAUCCAGCCGCUCAACAGCCAGGAGAACGCCGACGUCGAGGAGAAGAAGACCGCCAAGCUCCCCAAAAAGGAGAAGUCGGUGCUGCAGGGCAAGCUCACGCGCCUGGCCGUCCAGAUCGGGAAAGCUGGUCUCAUCAUGUCCGCCAUCACCGUGCUCAUCCUGGUCCUGUACUUCGUGAUCGACAACUUCCUGGUCCAGCGCAAGCCCUGGCUGGCCGAGUGCACGCCCAUCUACAUCCAGUACUUCGUCAAGUUCUUCAUCAUCGGCAUCACGGUCCUGGUGGUGGCCGUGCCCGAGGGGCUGCCGCUGGCGGUCACCAUCUCCCUGGCCUACUCUGUCAAGAAAAUGAUGAAGGACAAUAACCUGGUGCGCCACUUGGACGCCUGCGAGACCAUGGGCAACGCCACGGCCAUCUGCUCCGACAAGACGGGCACCUUGACCAUGAACCGCAUGACCGUGGUGCAGAUUUACGUGGGGGACACGCAUCACCGCCAGAUCCCCAGCCCCGACGUGCUGGCGCCCAGGACCCUGGAGCUGCUGGUGAACGGCAUCGCCAUCAACAGCGCCUACACCUCCAAGAUCCUGCCUCCCGAGAAGGAGGGCGGCCUGCCGCGGCAGGUGGGCAACAAGACGGAGUGCGCCCUGCUGGGCCUGGUCACGGACCUGAAGCAGGACUACCACGCCGUGCGCAGUGAGGUGCCCGAGCAGAAGCUCUACAAGGUCUACACCUUCAACUCCGUGCGCAAGUCCAUGAGCACCGUCAUCCAGAAGCCCGGCGGGGGCUUCCGCAUGUACAGCAAGGGCGCCUCCGAGAUCCUGCUCCGAAAGUGUAACCAGAUCCUGAACCAGAAAGGGGACGUGGUGCCCUUCAAGAGCAAGGACCGCGACGAGAUGGUGCGCACCGUCAUCGAGCCCAUGGCCUGCGAGGGGCUGCGGACCAUCUGCAUCGCCUACCGCGACUUCAACGGCGCCGAGCCCCUGUGGGACAACGAGCCCGAGAUCCUCACGGAGCUCACCUGCAUCGCCGUGGUGGGCAUCGAGGACCCCGUGCGCCCCGAGGUCCCAGACGCCAUUGCCAAGUGCAAGCGCGCCGGCAUCACUGUCCGAAUGGUGACAGGGGACAACAUCAACACGGCCCGGGCCAUCGCCACCAAGUGCGGCAUUCUCACGCCAGGGGAGGACUUCCUGUGCUUGGAAGGCAAAGAGUUCAACCGGCUUAUCCGCAACGAGAAGGGCGAGGUGGAGCAGGAGAAACUGGACAAGGUCUGGCCUCAGCUCCGGGUGCUGGCGCGGUCCUCCCCCACCGACAAGCACACGCUGGUGAAAGGCAUCAUCGACAGCACCGUGGGUGAACAGCGGCAGGUGGUGGCCGUCACGGGGGAUGGCACGAAUGAUGGGCCAGCGCUGAAGAAGGCAGAUGUCGGCUUCGCCAUGGGCAUCGCAGGCACAGACGUGGCCAAGGAGGCGUCAGAUAUCAUCCUCACGGAUGACAAUUUCACCAGCAUUGUGAAGGCCGUGAUGUGGGGCCGCAACGUCUACGACAGCAUCUCCAAGUUCCUGCAGUUCCAGCUGACGGUCAACGUAGUGGCCGUGAUCGUGGCCUUCACGGGAGCCUGCAUCACGCAGGAUUCCCCGCUGAAGGCCGUGCAGAUGCUGUGGGUGAAUCUGAUCAUGGACACCUUCGCCUCGCUGGCCCUGGCCACAGAGCCGCCCACGGACUCCCUGCUGAAGCGCCACCCCUACGGGCGGAACAAGCCCCUGAUCUCGCGGACCAUGAUGAAGAACAUCCUGGGCCACGCAGUCUACCAGCUCGUCGUCAUCUUCUGCCUCGUCUUCGCUGGUGAGAAGUUCUUCGACAUCGACAGCGGCAGGAAGGCCCCGCUCAACUCCCCGCCCAGCCAGCACUACACCAUCAUCUUCAACGCCUUCGUGCUCAUGCAGCUCUUCAACGAGAUCAACUCCCGCAAGAUCCACGGGGAGAGGAACGUCUUCGGGGGCAUCUUCCGCAACUUCAUCUUCUGCUCCGUGGUCCUGGGCACCUUCAUCAGCCAGAUUUUCAUCGUGGAGUUCGGGGGCAGACCCUUCAGCUGCACGAAGCUCACCCUGUCCCAGUGGCUGUGGUGUAUGUUCAUCGGAAUCGGAGAGCUGCUGUGGGGCCAGCUCAUCUCCAUGAUCCCUACCAAGUCCCUGAAGUUCCUGAAGGAGGCCGGGCACGGCACGGCCAAGGAGGAGAUCACCAAGGACGCCGAGGGGCUGGAUGAGAUCGACCACGCAGAGAUGGAGCUCCGGCGCGGCCAGAUCCUCUGGUUCCGGGGCCUGAACCGCAUCCAGACUCAGAUCAAAGUGGUGAAAGCAUUCCAUAGUUCCCUCCAUGAAAGCAUUCAGAAACCCAAGAGCCAUAACUCCAUCCACAGCUUCAUGACCCACCCUGAAUUCUCCAUAGAUGAAGAGGUGCCCAGGACACCACUCUUGGAGGAAGAGGAGGACCGUCUGGAGAUGGAAAUGGUUCCUAAGACUGGGGCGAGUGUGCCCCUGUUGGAUGGUGGCGCUACUCCACAUGACAAUAAAAACAACAAUGCAGUGGAUAGUAGUCAAGUGCAGAGUGUUGCCUCCCACUCAGACAGCCCACUACACAGCCUGGAGACAUCAGUCUGAACUUCCUUCUCGGACCCACGCCCGGCCCUGCUCCCCGUGCUCCUCUUUACUCUUCCCCGGUCUGUGACGUCAGGAUGGGACUGUUCACUGUCACGUCAGCUGCUCCCCAGUGUGUGUGUGUGUGUGUGUGCAAAACCCUCAUGACCCUAAAGAGGAAAGGACACAGACCUCAAGGAUGUCGACUUACACUUGAAUCAGGGUUGGUAACGGGACCUAGUUAAGCCCCACGCAGAGAGAUGGGUGGUGGCGGCUACCCCUUGGGUACGUUAGCUGUCAUUUCAACGACGUGACAAUCCCUGGCAUCCGCGCCCAUCCCAGUUUCAACCCCAAUCUUCAUACAUACAUCGCCACCUCCUGACGUGCAGAUUUUACCCAGUGACCCUGUGCUGUAGCAAAGCCUCGUUGAGGAUUCACAGAGACGGGAAUUCACUCAAACGAAAUGUGUUGCGGUAGGAAUGGAACGUGUAGAAUCAACCUACAGAGUGAUUGUUUUUUGAAGAUGAGCUUCACAUUGUGAAAACAUAUCCAACGCCCUCUGGCUGUCUUUGCCCUUCCAGUCAAACCUAAGGUUCUUUUCUUGGCCAUUUUUAACUAUUGUCUUAUCUUCACUUUAUAUAUAUAUAUAUAUAUAUAUAUAUAUAUAUAUGUAUGUGUAUAUAUAUAAAAAAGAAAGAGAAGAAAGUUGUGAUAAUUAAGAAGAUGGAAAUGACAUCAAUGAAUUGGGUCAACUUUGCCUCUUGUCCCUGCUGACUCCAGGGGAACCCUUGCUGUAGUCCAGGAGACAGAGGUCUCUGCCGCAAGGGUCCUCUGGGAGCAGCGGAGAGCUGGUAAGAAUGUGUUCCUGUUCGCUACUGUCUCCUUCUAAUCUGCCAUCGUGUCAGACGUGCGUGACUGCUGGGUCCAGGCUUGACGGGGUGUGUGUGUGUGUGUGUGUGUGUGUGUGUGUGUGUGUGUGUGUGUGUGUGUGUGUGUGUGUGUGUGUGUGUGUGUGUGGUAUGUACCUAUUGCUGUUAGCUUGCUCUUUCUGCUGUUGCUGAUGUGGUGGGAAGAGAAGGAACUGAGAAUGACUCUGCCUCCUGACCCAACCUGCACGUUGAGGAACCGAGUAUUGGCAGAUCUCGGACAAGAGCGAUCAUCCCAGCCCAUUCCCGAGGGACUGCCUAGGGGUGACCGCUACUGCUUUCAAGGCCGUCUGCCAAGGCUCCCGGGCCAGGGCAGGCUGUGGGGGGAGCGAGUGUCGGAGACCGGGGUCUGUAAGAUCCGAGAACCCCCUUCCUCUGAGAAACCAGACACUUUUUUUUCUACUUCUGUUCUUCGUCAGAUCCCCUUCCUCCUCUGCUAAGGGUCCAAAAAAAGGGUCGGUCCAACCUUUUUUCUCACAGUCGCUGGUUCUAUGAAUAUUGCCCGAAGUGGAAAGUUCCAAUGACAUUCUAACUGAGCUCUGCCAGCUCGCCCCCUUCGUUGCACCCCUGCUCAGGUCCCGAGGGCCACGCUGCAGGCUGUGCCUGCCUUCCCGCCCCACUGCCCGCUGCGGCCCUUCCCACCAGCCUCUCAGAGCCGGGGACCACGAGGACAUCGUGUCUCUGUGCUCCAGAUUGGAACUAAGUGGAGUCAUGCCUGCAGGUGCUCAUUUUUUUUUUUAAAUCCCUGUUGAGGUAUCCCUCUGUGCCGGGGAUCACUGAGUCUGUCCAUUCCCCUCAAAUCAGUCAGCUCCCUCUUCCCAGAGUGAGAGGAGUGGGGAGACGAGGCCGGGGGCCUCCACGAACGGCCAGAUUUCUCCUGGUGAGAAACAGUUCCCUGACAUCUUCUCCAUCUUCUCCCCUCUCUCCAGCCGUCUCUUCUAGAACUCCUCCCAAACCCUCCUUUUUAUUUUUUGUUUUUGUUUUUGGUCUGAACUGCCUGAGGUGGGAAGAGCAAAGAAAGGCCACCCCCCGACAAUCUCUGUCACCCCAUCACCCACCAAGCCGGAGGCUGGUUUUGUAGACCUUCCAUGAACGCUUACGUGGUGGGGGACAGCUCACCGAGGGAGAGCCACAUGUUAAGUACAAACGUUGGAAGACUGAGUCCUGCCAAGUUUUUUAUUACCUCAGAUCAGUUUUAAAACCAAGCCAAUAAAUCUUUGAAGGCUCUUUGCAGUCAUUCCCGGUCCCCAAAAGACUCUCCUGGUGCCCAACAGCUUACUCUGAAGGGUUGAUGUCGAUUUGCUUUAAGCCAACAGCUUGUGCGUGUGUGUCUGUGUGUGUGUGUCUGUGUGUGUGUGUAUUCUAGUUUCCAUGGUAGGAGAGUAACAUAGAAAUAUUAUGCAAAAUAUAUAUACUUUUCUUUAGAUCAGAAACUGAUAUUUUUGAGUCAGCCAUAUGUAUUUUGUUUAAAAGGUUGAAAAUAAAGUGCUGUCGUGUAACCCUGUGGAUGGAGCACAUAACCAGGUGUUUUCUGAGACAUGACAGGUGACUCCACAUGUCUGUAAUUGGUCUUGAAACCAAUGCACCGCACUUCCUUUCUCUGAACAGCCAUCUUUAUACUUAGGGUUCGGGGUGGGGGGAAGUGUUGGGCUCUAGACUUUUUUUAAUACAAAUUUUGUUGAUAUAGAAUUGAGUAAGUUCCGGUGUUUAUAUGCCUAUGUUUUUUUUAUAUCAAGGAUUUGUCCCCACCCCCAUCCCAUUCACUUUCAGUGAUUCAAGUGGCUGUAAGUUAAUAAAUACAACAUAAGUUUCCUCCCCUCCCCGCCUCCCCCCAAAUGGUGCUUUGGAUUUGAAAAGAAUCUGAUGGGGAGAAGGGGAAGGUAUCAUCCUGGCUUCCUUUAGAAAAACAGGCAGUGGACAAGAAGGAAGACAUCCGGGAGAGGAGAACCAGGAGGAGAAGCACGCAGCCCGGGGACCAGGGCUGUGCUGGGAUUUACUUCUUGAGAAGCACCUAGCAGAGCAGUACCCAAGACACGACAGACUCGGGCUGCAAGGGUACCCAGCUCUGGAGUUGGCUCUACAGCUUUCUUUUCACCUGUUGCCCCUGGAGUUUGGCAUUAGUGAGUUUUUAAUGCAAGGAUCUGAGUUAAGACUCUUCCCCUCACACACACCCAAACAGGUGUGGCAUUUGAUGGGGGACAGAGAGGCAGGUGGACAAAAAAUGCUGGUUCUAGCUAAGGUGACAGCCUUGAGGCUCGGGUCUUCCUGCACAGGUCUUCCCCCUGGCUGCCGAGAUGAGUUCUCUGGGCCUACAGGUGGUUAGAGUCCGCCUGGUACGUCCCUGGUUGUGUGCUCUUACCGGGCAGAGGGUUCUGCUUGAGCUCCUGAGUGCAGAGCCACGCUAAACCCAGCAGGAUGUGGCCAGCUGACUUGUGCCGGGAACCUCUAAUGACAUGAUAUCCUUCCUGGCAGCUUUCCUGGUCUCAGGUGGACACAGUCUGCCCAAGACACCAUCACAAAAGGCACACUUCCUCGUGUGUCCAACCCAGGGACCACCAGGCCAUCCCAGGGUGGGGGUGGGGGCGUGGGGCGAGACGCUUAGAAUCCCGAUUGUCCCUAAGCCAUUCCAGCAGCCCAGAGACACCAGGAUAGACCAGCCACCUUCCUUGAGCUGCCUCCUGCCGGGAGCCCACCUGUCCCCUUCCCGCCCGUCAGAAGAGGGGGCAAGAGACAUGCUCCAGGCCACUGAAUGGGCCUGCCGUUCUCUCCCCAUGUGUCUAUAUGCCAUAUGUGAAUAUGCCAUAAUAUGUGCCAACAAAUCUGUCCGUUCAUUUAAAUCAGCAGGCACAUAAGGAUUUUGAGUUCCUUUUUUUUUAAACUACUGUAACAAGCACUAGUAUUUUUGUAUGAAAAAGAAAAAGCAAAAACAAAAGAUUGGCAAUUGUGGUCUGCAUGACAAAUAGACAAAUGGUGAUCUAGUUCGCGUGUGUGGCCUCAUUCGCAAUACAGCUAAUUGUGCACACAACCUCUGGGCAUCUUGAUACUCUCUCUGUGCAAUGUGUUGCAUGUAUUUAUAUGACUUGGGGGGAGGGGGAGGGGUGCUAAAAAUGUCCUGACAAAUCUGAAGUGUGUUAUUCCACUGAGACGGGAAGGAGAGGAGUAUUCAGAGAAGGGGAAAAUGGGACGCAAAUUUUGGAACCAAUAAAGCUUGUGGCUGAUGAGCUGAAACCAAUAUAGCAGUUCACUGAGAAUAAAAGUCCAUUCCCACUCGU